CCCCCUUCCUCUGUUGCUGCACCGCCCAAGGUCGACUGCGGCACGCUCGCUCCUGUCCUGGCUCCACCACCCCACGCAUCCCAGAGCGCUGCAGCCUCCAUUGCCGCUCUCUCGUCAACCAUGGCACGGCAAACGCUGCUCCUGUUCGUAGCCACGCUCGUCGCCUCUGCCACAGCGGCCGCGGCGGCGGUGGAGCUCGUCGUCCAGGGGCGCACGGCGGAUGUGGCGGGGUGGAUGCGUCCGGGACCCAUCUCCUGCCAAGGCACGGUGGAGGAGUGCCUGCACGAACGCGAGCGCGAGCACGACGACGUGUUUGGGCUCAGGCGGCGCCUUGUCUACGCGGAGGAAGAGGAGGACGGCGGCGGCUACCCUACGCAGUACAUCAGCUACUCCGCGCUGAUGAGGGACUCGGUGCCGUGUUCCGUGCCGGGCGCGUCCUACUACAACUGCCAUCCGGGCGCCGUCGCCAACCCCUACUCGCGCGGCUGCUCCGCUAUCAGCCAAUGCCGCGACUAGCCGGACCACCGCCCCAUUUAAUCCCGCAGGCUGCAGCAGCUCUGCUCCGUCCUCUAGUUGUGGGGUUGUUCUUUGUUCUUUGCCCACUUUGUGAUGUUCUGGGUGACGGUCGAUGCACGACCUGCAGGUUCAGCACUCUUAUGUGGAUGGAACAAAAUUGAAGUGA